AUGGCUGAACAACGUAACAUCGUAGUUGUUGGCGGUAGUAUCGGUGGGUUGAUGGUCGCACACGACGUCCUGAAGAACAUCCUCCCAGUGCUCAAGGACAAGGCCGAUGCGAAUUACCAUGUGUAUCUCAUCAACCCCUCUUCGAACUGGUAUUAUAAAGUGGCCGCUCCACGUGCGUCAGCCUCGACUACUCGUAUGGCCGCUGAGAAGCUCAUGUUUAACAUCGAGGAUGGUUUCAAACAAUAUUCAGCAGACGACUUUACGUUCAUUGAGGCUACUGCUACAGGGCUCAACAUCACCUCACGCACUGUAUCAUACAAGAGUCGGAAGUCCUUGGACGAUGAGUACCUCGCAUACCAUGCCCUUAUUGUCGCAACAGGAAGCAAUACUUAUUACCAGGCCUUCUCCCAAAGCGCUGCUACACAAGACGUCUUCGAUGCUAUCAAGACCACGAACGAAAAGGUCGACUCAGCGAACGACAUCGUCAUCGUUGGCGGAGGUCCCACAGCCAUCGAGUUCGCCGCCGAAGUAGCAGAACAUCGUAACGGAAAGCCUGGGUGGUUUACCAAUGCCGAGCGAAAAGUUAACAUCACACUCAUUACCACGACUGAUCGUUUACUCACCUCCCUCCGCCCUGCCAUCGGUCAAGCCGCAGAGCGAAAACUCAAAACCAUGGGUGUCGAUGUCGUCCUCAAUACUCGCGUCGUCGGCGCAGAAAAGAACAGACUCGGCCGCACAACCGUCACUCUUGCCCAAGGCGAGACUCUCGAGACGGAUCUCUAUGUCCCCGCCUAUGGCGUCGAACCUAACUCCUCAUGGUUGCCCACCUCGCUCCUCGACGAGAGGAAGUACCUCGUAACAAACGACACCCUCCGCGUAGAAGGUGCUGGCUCACGAGUCUACGCCAUUGGCGACGUAGGGUCCUACUCGCACAACAACAUUUGGGACAUUCUUGACUCAAUACCCGUCCUCGCUGUGAACAUGAAGCGCGAUCUUCUAUCAUAUAAUGCUAUGCUGCCGAAUGAGAAACCAAGAGGCAAGGAUCGUAUGUUCAAGACGGAAACGCGCGAGCGCAUGGCGGUGCCCAUGGGAACGAGUGGGGGUGUGGGUGCGUUCAUGGGGUGGUGGUUGCCAAGUUGGGCGGUUUGGUUGGGUAAAGGAAGGGAUUAUUUGAUUGGCAUGGCCGGAUUGCCGACAGUGAAUGGGAAGGCUGUCAAGAAGACGGUUUGGACGAGAGAGGAGGCUGCGAUAUGA